AUGGGCGAGCCAUCUAAAUCAACUCAAUCCUCCGGUUCUCGGAGGCCCGGGAGAUACGUUAAGUCCGGAUGUCGUACCUGCAAAGUCCGCCAUGUCAAAUGCGAUGAAGAGAAACCCGCAUGUCGGAAAUGCACAAAUUCCGGCAGAGUCUGCGAUGGCUAUGGAAUCUUGUAUAGCGGGACCAAAGGAACCCCAGGCAAUGCCGGACCGCUCGGUCUGGAGCGGGCGGGUACGACGCCUCGAUAUUUACUCAUUAGUCGGAACCCUGGCCCCCUCCCUGGGGUUGCGCAGGAAGAGCGGUCGUCUCUGGACUACUUCCGUCAUGCGCCGGCGUUGAAAUUGACCGGAUUAUUCAAAUCGGAGUUCUGGGAUUCUCUGGUCUUGCAGACCUGCUUCGCCGAGCCGAGUGUCUUGCAUGCUAUCGUCGCUCUGUCAGCCGCGCAUCGAUCCCGCUUCUCCCCUUGGGAAAAUGAAAUGGCGAUCAGCUCCAAGUCUUAUGACUCGUUUUCGUUGACACAGUACAAUAAGGCGAUCAAAAGUCUGACUGAACACGUGACUGUUACGAACGUUGAGUCGAUUCGAACUGCCGUCAUAUCCAGUAUCGUGUUUGUCUGUCUUGAAAUGCUGCGAGGGGGCUACAACUCCAUGAAUAUGCAUUUUCAACACGGCAUCAACCUCCUCAAUCUCCUACAAUCUCAUAGUCAAAGCUCGAGACCGAUGCGGCAUAUAUUCGUUCAGCAGAUCCCUCAAUCAAUUGAUGAACAUUUGAUCAACGCAUAUUCUCGUUUGAACCUACAGUUCAUGACGCUAGGCUUGGGACUCUUCGAGGAUGAUGCGCUGUUCACGUCUACCUUUAUCUAUGGGCACCAACAGAUCUCUAUUCCGCAUGUCUUUUCAAUAGUUCACGAAGCAAGCCGGUCCUUCCAUUUGAUUCUUAAUAGCGUUACUCGGCUGGUCUUAAAGUGUGCUACAGAUCAGAUAAGCAGCGAUGUCUACCCUCCGCCGACGUCUCCGACUCUGCUCAAGCGACAAGAAUCCCUUCAACUCUCACUCGAUGACUGGAUCGCCGCAUUUAACAGUUCUAUACCGCUACUAACAUCGCAGACGAACCAGCAUGGGGAGCUUGGCCUCCGCGUGCUCCGAAUUCACUGGACCAUGGCCACGAUACUGGUGUCGACGUGUUUUGCGAAUAAGCAAACAGCGUUCGAUGCCCAUACUUCGGCCUUCGAAUCCAUUAUCAACCAGGUUGAGGAACUAGGUGCCAUGGUUGCCAAUACACCUCGAUAUAUCACCGCAACAAAGGAGAAUGGCUACGUCUCGAGCUUUUGCCGGAUAGGCGCCAGUUUCAGCAUCGAUCUCGGUUGUUACCCUCCGCUGUACUAUACGGCCUUGAAGUGCCGCGUUCCUCACAUUCGUCGACGCGCCAUCUCCAUUCUUCAGCAGUGCAGGCAUACCGAAGGUGUAUGGACAGGUCCAUUGCUGGCACGUCUUGCUACUUGUGUCGUGGAUGCUGAGGAACGGGAUUUCUCGGCUGCCUUAUAUUCUCAGGAUAGUGAUGGAGAGGAACGCAAAGUCAAUGAGGCUAGGCCGUCAUUCACCCUCCCUGAAUAUUCUAGAUUCUAUUGUAUCCGCUGCCUGCUGCCAAAAGAGAGUCGUGGUUGGACAUUUCCGUACGAUUCAAAUGGCAUGGAUGCAAAACCCAACAAACGGACAGUAGGCACACUGAUCUGUCAUCGCUUUCGUCAUGAGUUGGGCAAUAGCGGGGGAUGGGAAGUCGAGUCGUAUGAUAUUGACUUUAACGUGUGA